AUGGCCGAACCAGCAACGACGGACCAGAUCUCGUCGGUAUCCCGGUGCUUCAUCUGCCUAGGCGACGCAGGCGAGCCAGGCGACAUAUCCGAUUGGGUGCACCCGUGCCCUUGCUCUCUCGAAGCUCACCACGCGUGCCUCCUACAAUGGAUCGACGAGUGCGAGCGCGAAAACAAGCCGCUAAAAUGCCCCGUGUGCCAGGCGCCGAUACGAGUGGAAGGGGCUCGGGACCUGGCCGUUGACCUGAGUGAUUGGUUUCGCAACUUCAUCAAUGGAUUGUCACCCGUGCUCGUCGGGUCGAUGUUCGGAGGCGCCGUAAUGGCGGGCCAGGCGUUGUAUGGGUUCCAUGCGAUACGGAUAUUCGCGGGCGAGGAGGCCGUGAUGAAGAUUUUUGGGACGGGGAGGUUGAGGGAUCAUAUACCGGCGUUGCUUGGCGUGCCAAUGAUUGCGCCAGGGUUAAUACUUCAUCAGCUCUUUCCGACCUUUACCGCUGCGAUAAACACACCUUUGUCGAUACUACUGUCCGCUGUUUUUGUUAGGAACCCCGAGACGUUAACAUGGCCCCCAUCGCCACAACUCGCAUUCGCGUCCCUACCCUGCAUCACAAUGGCGUAUAUUGUUGUCAGGGGUGAGAUUUUCGCAGGAGCCGAACGGAGGUGGGAUCGGAUAAUACAGGGCCUGCCGGAGGCUCCGGACCGUGAAAACGGAGCACCGCCCGCUCUGGGUGGUGUCCGCGGCGGAUUGCGCGAUAUUAUCAACAACCUCGCUGAUAACCUCCAAGGAGGACCUGAGAACGCGGGGGCGAAUGAGAGAGUGGAAAUAUGGUUUGAUGAUGGUGGAGAUAGGAAUGAAGCCGAGUUGAUUAUUGACCUGAUAGAAGAGAUGGACACCGAUGAGGAGGAUCAUGAUGAAGGCGAGCACGAAGAGUGGGAGACUGAGGAGGAGGAAGAGGAAGAAGAGGAAGAAAAUGCCCACGGAGCCCCGAGGGAGAAUGAGCCGGCUAAUAACCAGGAGGAGGACCGACCGGAACAAGCCCGACCACAACCUCAACCCGAGGCCGAGGCGCAGCCGCGACCGGCGGCGGAUCGCGCUCGGCCGCCCCAGCAGGCUCCGGCAGCACCUCCACAAGAACAAAGACGUAACCAGCCAAUGGCCAUAGAACGAGCAGUGAGGUACAGUCUCCGCGACCUCACGAGCACCAUUCUCGGAGCCCUCCUUCUACCGUCCAUAUCCUGGGCUGCGGGCGAGAUGCUACGCUUCGCGCUGCCAAAGGCAUGGACGACCAUGAAGGUUCCUGAUAAGCCGUUUCUCUUCGCGGCGCCCUUUCGGUACGGCCCUACGGGAUUGUUACAGGAGAAGUGGGGACGAAGUCUAGUAGGCGGCUGCAUGUUUCUGGUUUUGAAGGACAUGUUCUAUCUGUACGUCAAGUAUCGGCGUGCGACGAUACGGCCUUUGCGGAGGGUGCCGAAUGUGGAACCGAGGUCGCGGAAUGGUAGGCCUCGUGCGUAG